AUUUGUCCUAUUCGAUAGAUGUCGGUCCCACGAACUAUGAUUCCAGUUACAGAGUUCAAGCAGUUUACUGACCUCCAGCCUGCAUUUAGAGUCCUGAAACCAUGGUGGGAUGUUUUUACUGACUACAUAGCCAUUGCCAUGUUAAUGAUCGGUGUGUUUGGAUGUACGCUGCAGGUAAUGCAAGAUAAGAUCAUUUGCCUUCCUAAAGGGCCGUCAUCGCAAACCUUGCAUCCGAUUCCAAACCAAACUGUCAUCAACAUUUCUUCCAGUGAACUUGUUACCCCAUCACCACUGCCACGAUCACAACAUUCCGCUGGUUCCUCCAGUGAAAUGAAAGGACUGAAAACUAACCUCGACCUUCAACAAUACAGCUUUAUAAACCAAAUGUGUUACGAACGUGCACUACAUUGGUAUGCAAAGUAUUUUCCUUAUCUUGUCUUGAUACACACUCUGGUCUUUAUGCUGUGCAGUAACUUUUGGUUCAAAUUCCCUGGAUCAAGCUCAAAAAUUGAACAUUUCAUUUCGAUACUGGGAAAGUGCUUUGACUCACCAUGGACAACGCGAGCAUUGUCUGAGGUUUCUGGAGAAAAUCCUGAAGAAAAGCACAAUAAAUCAAGUCAGAAGAAUAACAUCAGUAAAGCAGCAGCAAAUCUAUCCAAUACAGAAGGCAACCUAGUAAAAACACAAUCACUGAGGUCCAUUCCUGAUAAAAUAGUUGUGGACAAGCCCACGGUGAGUGUUCUGGAUAAAAAGGAAGGAGAACAAGCAAAAGCCUUGUUUGAAAAAGUAAAGAAGUUUAGGCUACACGUUGAGGAAGGAGACCUUCUCUACUCUAUGUAUGUACGUCAAACUAUCAUCAAGGUCAUUAAAUUUGUUUUCAUAAUUGUGUACAACAGUAUUCUAGUUUCAGAAGUCAAUUUUACAGUGGAAUGUAAUGUCAACAUUCAGGAAAUGACGGGCUACUGUAAGUUUUCCUGCAAUCAUACCAUGGCUCAUCUGUUCUCAAACCUAUCCAUUUGCUACUUAUGUUUUGUAAGUGUUUAUGGUCUGACCUGUUUAUACACACUGUACUGGUUGUUUUAUCGUUCCCUCAAAGAGUACUCUUUUGAGUACGUGCGGCAAGAGACUGGAAUUAAUGACAUCCCAGAUGUCAAGAAUGACUUUGCCUUCAUGCUCCACCUGAUAGAUCAAUAUGAUCCUCUGUAUUCUAAAAGAUUUGCAGUAUUCCUUUCAGAAGUGAGUGAAAAUAAAUUGAAGCAGUUGAACUUGAACAAUGAAUGGACUCCAGAUAAACUCCGUCAAAGAUUGCAAAGCAACGCCCAAAAUAGGUUGGAGCUGCAGCUUUUCAUGCUGUCUGGGUUGCCAGAUACUGUGUUUGAAUUGUCCGAAUUACAGUCUCUGAAACUUGAGAUAAUAAACAAUGUUACAAUACCAGCAACAAUUGUGCAGCUGGAAAAUCUCCAGGAACUGUCUUUGUAUCAGUGUUCAGUAAAAAUCCACACUGCAGCUUCGGCAUUCUUGAAGGAAAAUUUAAAGGUUUUAAGAGUUAAAUUUGAUGAUAUCCGUGAGCUGCCACUUUGGAUGUACAGCCUUAAAAGUUUAGAAGAAUUGCACCUUCAGGGCUCCUUGAGUCCCGAUGCUUCCAAAAACAUUGCACUGGAAUCUUUACGGGAACUCAAAAAUCUUAAGGUUCUUUUGAUUAAAAGUAACUUAACUAAAAUUCCACCACCAAUCGUUGAAACGUCAAGUCACCUUCUGACACUUUGUAUUCAUAAUGAUGGCACUAGGUUAGUGAUGCUCAAUAGCUUGAAGAAAAUGAUCAAUUUAACAGUACUGGAGCUUGUUCAUUGUGACCUGGAGAGAAUACCUCAUGCCAUAUUCAGUCUGGUAAAUCUUCAGGAACUUGACUUAAAAGAAAACAAUCUUAAGUCGGUUGAAGAAAUCAUCAGUUUUCAACAUUGCCGCAAACUUAAUUGCCUCAAGUUGUGGCACAACAGUAUAACUUACAUCCCAGAGCACAUAAAAAAAUUGUCAAGCCUAGAACGCCUUUACUUCAAUCACAAUAAAAUAGAAGUUCUGCCAUCACAUCUCUUCUUGUGCAACAAAUUAAGAUCCUUGGAUUUAUCUUACAAUGAUAUUCGAUUCAUCCCACCGGAAAUAGGCGUUCUUCAAAGUCUGCAGUACUUUUCCAUUACUGGUAAUAAAGUGGAAAGCUUGCCAGAUGAACUUUACUUCUGUAAAAAGUUGAAGACGUUAAAAAUGGGGAAAAACAACCUCUCUGUACUUUCCCCAAAGAUUGGCAACUUGGCUCUUCUCAUAAUGCUGGAACUUAAAGGGAACCACUUUGAAACCCUGCCACGUGAGCUGGGUGAAUGUAGGGCACUGAAGCGUAGUGCAUUGAUUGUUGAUGAUGCUUUGUUUGAACUAUUGCCUUCUGAUGUCCGAGAACAAAUGAAAAUGGAAUGAAAUCUUUUCAGGUCAACCAAAACUUCACUGCUUUGAGAUUCAGUUACCCCAAACGGGUAGUUAUCAGCUUGAUGUGGUUGAGAAUUUUUUGUUUUGUGUAAAAUUUCAAGAGUUACUGCCAACAAUUUUGCAUCAAUCUUGUAUUUUGUAAAUUUGUAGCCGUUCAGAUAAAAUGACAGAUGAAAAUAUUGACCUUUCAGGUUUUGGUGUACCAACUUUCUCGUUGUCACAGAUAUAAAACUGCUGACAGUAUACUAAAUUAUUUGACGAGUGCACCUUCUAGGAGUGGCCUUUAGCACAUGCUUAUCCGUGCCAUUGUUUUUAUAUCCAUACCUGUGUAAAAUCACCAGGACAGGUCAUUAAUUUAUGUGUACUAAAAAUCUUAUUGUAGCUAAAAUUGAAGAAAGCUAGUGACAUUUUCACUCAGACUUUUUAAAUGUAAAAAAAUAUCAUGUCCAUAUUAAAAUUAGUAUAGACACAGCGUAGGCUGGUUAUUUCUAAAUUAGAUUUUUUUAAAAAACUGAAAAGAUGUGCCUUUUGCAGCUACACAAAUUGCCACUAAGCCAAGGGCACUAGUUACUAAUUUAAAUGCUGGUUGCAUAUUAUUUAUUCAACGCAAAUUGCUGGCAGGGAAAAUAGCUUUUGCACUAAAGCAUAGACACAAAAGAUUGUGUAAUCCAGAAUAUGACAGUGCUAGCUAAAGGGACAAUCGGAAUUAUUAUCCUUCUGUGUGAUUGUUUUGUUUAUAAUUUACUUGAAUAUAGAAGCUUAAAUGAAGUUAAGGCUAAAACUAUAAACAGAAAUGGUAAUAUGCUGGCCUAUAUAGUCAGUGUGGACUAUAUACAUUUGUUAGCAUAGUAGAUGUGUGUCACUGAGUUAUGACAUUUGUUAAUCCUGUGUUUUUGUAUUGUAGAACUGAAUUACUUCCUACUGAACAGUUACUAGCUGCUGAGCAGUUCUUUUCAGACUCUCACCAUUUACGCAAUAGGUUUGCAGAGCAUGAUAGAAGUAGCAUGAGGUAGAUGGAAGAAGAUUGUAGAAAAGAAAUUGGUUGAAGAUAUAUGGCAUCACAUCACUGCUAUUUUAGUGAAAGCUAAAUAACCACUUUUUUUUUCUCUCCAGCAGAAUACUAAAUGGAUUCACUAUAUAUGCCUUAUAUAGUUUAUUAUUAUCUAACAUUUUUCAGGGGCAUCAGGGGGAAAACUUAAAGAGACAAGAACUUAGAUUUCAUAAAUAAUUGUGCCAAACAAGAAAGUUUGCUUGUGGAUGCAAUUAGUAUAGAAUGGAAAAUUAGACUGAUAUCCAGAUAUUUGUGGAUCAGGGGGAAAAAAUCCAGCAUUCUCUUCUUGAAAGUUUAAUCUGUAAUGCUUCAUCUCCUUUAUAAAACCAAACACAUUAACACUGUUGCAUCUUAUGUACAGAUUGUUUCAUUGAUAUAAAAAAAUUCCCUCCACCAGACUGAAGGAGAGCUUUGUUAUGCCUCAAAGCUCAGUGACAUCGAAAGAGGUUUAAGUCUGCUUUUUUGCACUUUAUUAUUCAGAAAGGUCUUUUAUUGCCUUUGUUUUGAAUGAAAUGAGAGUGCACAAUACUUUUAAACAUUGUUUUUUAUAACCGGGAUCAUGUCAGUUUAAAACUAUCAACCCUACGUAGCAUUUGGUUCGAAAUCUUAUCAAAUCAAAUUUGAAACGUUCAAUAAUUCAACUAAGAAACAUUGGAAAUUUGAAUGAUUGGGAUGGGGAGGGGGUGGGGAAAUGCUGUUUUCAAGGCCCAUAUAAAUGAAAAAUAGUAACAUUUUUGAAAAGAAAUGUACUCGUAGUUGUAUCAGGAUAACCAUUUGAUACUGACUACAAAUGCAUUCACUGACAAAAUCAAUAAUGUGUUCAAAAACAUAGCAGAGGAAAAUGGCUGAAUAUUAGGCUAUGUAUAUGAAUCAAUUUAGGUUGCAACAAAAUUAAUUCCUUAAUGUAUUUUCUGGAAAAAAAACAUAUUUUAUCAUAUUUCUCACAAUGGGUUACAUGAAUCUUCACUAAUAAGUCAACCUAGGUUCACUUUGGGCAAGAAGCACUGAUAUCUACUUCCUGAAACCUCAAUUCUCUAUUUUUAGUAGGAAUGUUGGCAGAAGAUCAAUUAUAGUGUUCUCCGAAUUCCUGCUAUGAUCUGAAAUAGAUGUAAUGGUGAUUUAAUUAGAAGAGGGCCUUCUUGUGUUUAAAAUAUCAGUCAAUUCUGCAGUUACUUAUUAUACAAAACUAAACAGUAAUUAUUUGUAAUCUCUAGUGUAAUUAAUUGGGUCGGAUGUGUUUGUGCACUUAUUUUGCCUCAAUCAAAAUUUUCCUUUGAGGAAAAAUACUAUUUCUGUAGUCCAAAGUAUCUAACUAUGUACCUGUUAAGUGAAAUAUAUGUACUAUCUACUACUGAUUUCAAAGUGAAAUUGCCUUUUUAUUUUUCUAGAGAAUUUUUCUCACUGUAAAUAUUAGUUACUAAAUUCUUGAUGUUUGUGAUUACAAAGCUGAAUGAACUAUCCUUUGUAUCAGUAAAUUAUAUCAAAAUGAGUACUGUUCCAAAUAAGGCCAAGAUUUAGUAGCCCAUUUAUUAAUUGUUUUAAAUAACUGUUACUGUAAGUUUCAUCCAUAUUCAAAUAAUAGUGUUAUAUGAUGCCUAAUAAAUAUGUAAUAAGAUUAUAUUUACUUGCACAGUAUAGUUUAUCGCCAAUGUAUUAUGACCUCUUUUCAGACCAUGUUUUUUGCAAUUGGGACAUUUGUGUAAAGUGUUUAACCAUUAUAAAAUUGAUCACAUCUGUGAGAACAUUGUGACAGAUUGAACCCUUUUCAGUCUAUUUAAUAGGAAACAGCUAUUUCUCAAAAUGAUGCCAUAACAGAUAUUUUCUAUUUUGAAUAAUAAGCAUUAGAAUUACUGCAGCUGAAGAACUGUAGCUAAAGGAAAACGCACAUUAAUUUCCUUAGCUUACCUUUCUGUCUGUAGAUGACAAACAAGAAUGGGGUUUUAAAAAACAUAUAUUACAGUUAUAGUUAGGUAGGAAACUUUCAUUUGCAUUUAGUUAGAAAAUGUAAACACAGUAAUAUCCCUCAAUCUAUUUUAGUGCUUUACAUGCCUCUUAAUGGGAUGUAAACCUUAAUAUGAAGCCUGGUGAGAAGGAUUGCACUACAUUUGUGAACCUAGACAGAUUCAUCAGGAAAGAGAUGGUGCCAGAAUGUCUUUUCUCUGGUAACUAUUCGAUGAAAUCUUAAUCCUGUUUUAAUUUGUUAAAAAAANGUUUCACAUAGAAAAUAAAUGAACUGAAGUAAAAGAAAUACAAUUUGUUUAAAUAUUACUAUCUACAGACCAUCUUUAUUUAUGUCGUUAUUGAUACCAGUAAUGCCAUUAUUGAUUAUUAAAUGCAUGAAAAAUAAAAAUUCCUAAAAUAA